AUUUCGCCGGGUUACAGUGCGCAACUUUAUUUGCCAUUCCCUCCCACUGUGCGACCCGUCAUCGGCUUGAGCCACGGCUUCGGCCUGUCACUGACAUGUCAGCAGGAGAGAGAGAAAGAGAGAGAGAGCGAGAGCUAGCAGCAGCAACAACAGUAAAUGACAGCGACACUGGCAGAGACGCGAACGUUUCGGCGUUGCGGCGGCGCCUGUCAAAAUCAGCAGCGCGUUAGGACAUUUGAAUGAGAGGAGGACCGACCGACCGCUUCUCCUGGUUCUCCUUGUUCCCUGCCCGGACGGCACCUUGCCAUCAAAUUGCGCGCAGUGAGGCAUGAAAAAUGCGCCUGUCGGAGCAGAGAAAGAGCGUGAGAGAGAGAGCGAGCGGGACAGGACAGGACAUCAGGACUCAAUUCAAGUGUAAAAGGGGAGCGAUGGGCAGCCGCGACAGCAUUUGACAUAAUCAAAUUACCUAAUGGUCAGCGGACGGGAUGCAUCCCAGUUGUAGGUCGGAGGGGAGCGCUUUGGCUUUCCUUUCUCCUUCGAUUCCCGAAUGUAGGAAAACCAAGCAGGGCUUGCAAUUCCCUUUUGGGCCUAUCCGAAUCGUCAUACACAACGAGGCUUUUCGCACGUGGUGGAGCUCGCUGAGAGAACUAAAUUUCUAGUCGAUAAAAUAAUAUUUUGCACAAAAUUUGUUAGGUAAAUCGAAAAUAAUGAACAACGAGGGCAACACGGCUGUCGGUUUCUUCAAGGGCAUCCGAAAGAACAUUGUGCCCGUCUCCCCCAAUCAGAAGAAGGAGUUCAGAAGCCUAAGCCGCCCCAUCCCCAGGCCCAGGCCCAGGAGAACCUUUCACGCGUCGAUGAGGAUUCGUGAGCAGACCGAGACGGAUACCGAGAACGAGGACGAGUCCUCCUCAGUGCUGGAGUACUCAGCAGGAACUUCCUCCGGAACAUCUUUCAUCCGUUCGGAACUAUCACUGGGAGACCCUUCCACACCACAAGACAGUUUGAUGGAGCUCUUCGGGAACGGAUAUUGGCCAGAAUCAGAGGACGGACAAACGCCAAGUAGCGGGGAGCGCAGGGAGGCAUCCUCUCAGAGGUCCAGCCCCUGCAGUGAGACGGAUGUACGAGCAUGCUCGAGUACCUGUUAUUCCGAGAACAAUCUCGAUCACUCUUCGAUUGAUGCUCUUUCGUCUUCUGUUCACGAAACGGGCGGCCCAGGAUGUGCCCAGACAUCUAGCCAGGACAAUUGCAAUGAAAGCUGUACUCAUUCCCAAGGCAAUCCCGAUUGUCUGUCCUUCGGCGCGAUCCUCGGAAGCGAAGGUGACUUCCGAUAUAUGAGAACGAGACCGAAGCGAAGCUGGAUGCAUCUUUGGACGAUGACAAUCCGUCGACCAGUUCUCCGUCCAGUCCAGUCUCCUCCGAAAUGAGUAUCGACAGCAGCCAAACGGAUAUCGAUACCACCGACGCGGAUUUUGAGCAGGAGACGGAGCCAACUUCCACGACUUCCCUGGCGUCUACAUCGAGCCAACGCCAAUUCGAAGCCAGCGGCACACUGAAGCAGAAGCAGAUGCUUCAGUUCCUGGCCAAGACCCAUCCGUACCAGGCGUUCAGCGCCAGGAGCCGUGCAGCAACCGCUGCCCCCUAUGACUGGGCCUGGACCUGGGCCCAACCAUCGAAGAGUGCAUGGCCGUGAUACUGGACCGUUGCGCGUCUGGCCUGCGCAAGGUUUUCUUCGCAGGGCAGAGGCAGUUGGUGUAACUGGUGGGGCCACUUGUCGUCUCAUCAUACCCUCACAUAAAGGUGACGCCUGCCUUUCACGCACUGAUCUUUUCGAUGGUCAAAAGGCAGGGCAAACCCGCGCCCCGCCCCGCCCAUCUACAUGAUAAUACGUUGAUGAGGGAAUAUCCCGUAAAUGCUUAAUCGUUUAUGGGCCCCAUUUCAUAGCCUGUUAACAAUUAAAAUGCCUGUGCUAAGAGUGCGGGAGAAC